UCAAAUGUCAAACGUCAAUUAGAUACUUCGGUUUGAUAUUUGAGAAUCGAUAAGUUUGGUUAAUUUGUAUUUUCAUUAUUUAUAAUAUAUCGUUAUUGAACACAAGUUUCCUGUUACAAGAAUCCCAAAAUAAAUUACUCAAAUGGCGAAACAAGGUAUCAUAACAUUUAUAAAAGGUAUCUACCAGGAUGAAUUUAAAUGGUCGUUAGUGAAAUCAAUAGGGAUGUUUGCCCUUGGAAUCCGAAUUGCCCAAGAAUGUGCUGGAAUAGAACUACUACCAUCUCAAUAAUCUCCCAGUGUUAUGUACAGUUCUAUUAGAUAUUAAAAACAUUUUUAUUAA